AUGGAGCCGAUGUGGAACUCCUCCCACACACCUCCACAGCCCACAUCCAACAUGUCUGCCUCCUCUCUGCCCGAGGGCUGGGCUCUGUCCCAGUCGCUAGCCCUGCUGGCGAUGCUGCUCAUGGAUCUGCUGGCUGUGGUGGGUAACGUGGCUGUCAUGGCGGUCAUUGCCAAGGCCCCACAGCUCCACAAGUUUGCCUUCGUCUUCCACCUGUGUGUGGUGGACCUGCUGGCAGCCCUGGUGCUGAUGCCCCUUGGCAUGCUCUCAAGCCGAGCCUUCUUCGGGGAGGCCCUGUGCCGGAGCUACCUCUUUCUCAGCGUGUGCCUCGUCAGUGCUGCCAUCCUCUCCAUCUCCGUCAUAAACGUGGAGCGUUAUUACUACAUCAUACACCCGAUGCGCUAUGAAGUAAAGAUGACUGUUGGCCUGGUGGCUUCAGUGCUCGUGGGGAUAUGGGUCAAAGCUCUGGCCAUGUCUGCUCUGCCGCUGCUCGCUUGGUUCCUGCAAGGCGGAAGAACUCCUCUUCUGGAGAGCAGCGGGGUCGGGGGAGGAGGUGGCGGCGGCGUCCCAUCUCCCCCGGCUCAGGGUCACAGGCGCUGCUCGCUGCACUGGACAGGGGGAGGGUCGAACCGCUUGGCCUUCAUGGUCCUCUUCACGCUGGUGUAUUUCCUGUGUCCGCUGAUGGUCAUUCUGGUCGUGUACUGCAACAUGUUCAAGGUGGCCCGGGUAGCUGCCAUGCACCACGGCCCCCUGCCCACCUGGAUGGACACGCCGCGGCGCCAGCGGUCGGAGUCGCUCAGCAGCCGCUCCACGAUGGUUACCAGCUCCGGGACGGGGACCGGGACGGGCAGGGCGACUCCACAGCGCCCCUUUGGGGGAGGGAAGGCCGCAGCAGUGUUGGCAGCUGUGGGUGGGCAAUUCCUCUGCUGCUGGCUCCCCUACUUUACUUUCCACCUGUACUCAGCGCUGGCCGCCAGCCCUCCAGCCACACUGGCCUCUCUGGAGGAGGUGGUCACCUGGAUCGGCUACUUCUGCUUCACCUCCAACCCCUUUUUCUACGGCUGUCUCAACAGACAGAUCCGGGAGGAGCUGGGCAAGCACCUGCCUUGUUUGUUUCGUCGAGCAGGGGUUGAGGUGGAGGACAGGCUGCCCAGCCGGGAAGGAUCCAUAGAGGAGAAUUUCCUUCAGUUUCUUCAGGGCACCGGCUGCAACUUGGAUCCUCAGAACUCUCACAGCACUUCCAGUCCGAAGGGGGAGGCGUGCUGUCCCGUGGCUCAGCCCCAGCCAGCAGAGCCAGCGCAGCCCAUUCCCAUUGAUUUCCGUAUCCCUGGACAAAUUGCAGAGGAGACUUCAGAGUUUAUGGAGAUUGAACAGGCGAAAAACAACCAUAUAUAUACAGACAACUAA